AUGUUAAAGUUUAUUUUUGUUUUAUUGUUUAUAUUUCCUCUUUCUUUUUUAAAAAAUUUUUAUUGAAUGGUACAAAAUUUAAUUUUUUUAUUAGCUUUUAUUUUUAUAAUUAAUUUUAGAUCUCUGAAUUAUUUUAAUUAUAUUUCUUAUUAUUUUGGGUUAGAUAUAAUUUCCUAUGGGUUAAUUUUAUUAAGUUUUUGAAUUUGUGGGUUAAUAUUUAUGGCUAGAGAGAGGGUUUAUUUUUUAAAUAAUUAUAAAUAUUUAUUUAUUUUUAUAAUUUUAUUUUUAUUAUUUAUAUUAGUUUUAACUUUUAGUUCUAUAAGUAUAUUUAUAUUUUAUUUAUUUUUUGAAGCUAGUUUGAUUCCUACAUUAUUUUUAAUUUUAGGAUGAGGGUAUCAACCAGAACGGCUACAAGCUGGAAUUUAUUUAUUGUUUUAUACAUUAUUAGCAUCUUUGCCUUUAUUAAUUGGUAUUUUUUAUAUUUUAAAUUUUAUAAAUACUUUAUCUUUUAUUUUAUUAACUAAUUUUUUUUUUAUAAAUAUAAAUUUAUUAUAUUUAUCUUUGGUUUUUGCUUUUUUAGUAAAAAUGCCUAUGUUUUUAGUUCAUUUGUGAUUACCUAAGGCUCAUGUUGAAGCCCCAGUUUCUGGGUCUAUAAUUUUAGCUGGUAUUUUAUUAAAGUUAGGUGGAUAUGGUUUAUUACGGAUGUUUAAUUUAUUACAAAUUUCAGGUAUAAAAUAUAAUUAUUGAUGAAUUAGAAUUAGUUUAGUAGGGGGGGUAUUAAUUAGUUUGGUUUGUUUACGUCAAACUGAUUUAAAGGCUUUGAUUGCUUAUUCAUCUGUUGCUCACAUGGGAAUUGUAUUAAGCGGAUUAUUAACUAUAUCUUAUUGAGGAUUAACUGGUUCUUACGCUUUAAUGAUUGCUCAUGGGUUAUGUUCUUCUGGAUUAUUUUGUUUAGCAAAUAUUUCUUAUGAGCGAAUGGGUAGUCGAAGAUUAUUAAUUAAUAAGGGAUUAUUGAAUUUUAUACCUUCAUUAAGUUUAUGGUGAUUUUUAUUAUGUUCUGGUAAUAUGGCAGCUCCUCCAACAUUAAAUUUAUUAGGAGAAAUUUCUUUAUUAAAUAGAAUUGUUGCUUGGUCAUGAGUUUCUAUAAUUAUAUUAUCUUUAUUAUCUUUUUUUAGAGCUGCUUAUUCUUUAUAUUUAUUUGCUUAUAGACAACACGGAAAAAUUUAUUCUGGGGUUUAUUUUUUUUCUGUUGGUUCAGUGCGGGAGUUUUUAUUAUUAAUAUUACAUUGAUUACCUUUAAAUUUGUUAAUUUUAAAAAGUAAUUUUUGUAUAUUAUGAAUUUA